AUGAACGCUGAUGAAGAGAAGAACAUCAACAAACAACUUGAUCAACUCCUCGCACAAAAACAAGCAUUGGGAGAUAAAUGGAAUCCAAGACAAUACAUUCCAACUCGUAUCCGUAAGCUCAUGAAAAAACUUUCAAUUUCACUCCCAGCCAAAUGUAAGAGAAGAGAAUUCAUCGAUGAAAGUUUGAUUGAAAAAAUUAAAUAUUUGACCAAAUGUUCAUCGAAGGAAGUUGUGGAGCCACCAUCACCACCAAAUGAGGAAUGUCCAAGUUUGAACUCUGAUUUGAAGUGUAACAAGGAGACUGAGAGAAGAGUGGUUAGACUUAUUUCUAAAAAUGGAAAACAAUGUCCUGUCUAUGUCUGCAAGAAGAGAAAGAUUGAGAAAUGUAAGAAGGAAGACACACCACCACCUACUGAAAUUAAAUGUCCAGAAAUCUUCCAACAAGAUAAGCAAUGUAAGGAAGGCUACGAACAAGUCACACGACAAGUUCAAUUUGGAGACAAACUCUGUGAUCGAAAGGUCUGUGUUCGAAAAGUUCCAGAAUGUCCAAAACAAACAUUUGACAAGUGUCCAGAAGGUCAAACUCGUAAAUUCUCUACUAAUCCAGUGACAGGGUGUCCAGAAAUGACAUGUGUUCCAUUGGAAUGUCCAAAAGAAUUCCUCGAUUCAAAGAAUGUGAAAUGUUCUAAAGGAUGGGUGUUGAGUGAAAGCAAAGUCAAAUAUGGAAGUAUUGAAUGUUCCGAGUACAAGUGUGUGAAUACUGGAUGUCCAGCUGAGAUUAGAGAAACUCGUAAUCUCAAGUGUAAGCAAGGUCAAAUUCUCAAAUCGGAGGACAUUAUUGUCAAUGGAAGAAAAUGUCCAAAAUUCAGAUGCGUCGAUGUGGUUUGUCCACUUGUUGACGAACCAAAAUGUUCUCCGGGAGAUAUUCCAGUUGAAGUCAAAACCAUUUAUCAUGGAGUUUUGUGCAAGUCCUUCAAAUGUAUUCAUGAAGAAUGUCCAACUCCAGAAAUGAAAUCUUGUGAUCCAGAAUCAGAACAACUCACAGUUGUGAAAUAUUCAACUGAUAGUGGAAGAUCAUGCUACAAAUAUGAAUGUACCAAGAGAAAGCAAACUUGUUCAAAUAUUUGUGUCAGAUACUCUGAAAGAGCUGGCAAGUGUUUGAAAUAUGUCAUGGAAGGUGAACAACAAAAAUGUAUUUCAUGGGAUUUGGUCAACCAAGGACAAUGUAUUGAACAAAAAUUCAUUAACAAGUGUAAGAGAUAUGUAGCAGGUGGUCAAACCUGUGUCAAGAAGGGACUGACUACUUCUUGUCUCAAGGAAGAAUUAAGAAAGGAAUGUACUAAAUAUGGUGAAAAAGAAGUUUGUGUUUCCUCCUCACGUGGAGCCAAGAGAACUUGUGAACGAUACGACAGUCGUGUGGUUGGAUGUCUUCAAUACAAGGCUGUCACAAAAUGUGUCUCUCGAAAGACCAUUCCACAAACUGAAUGCAAAACAGUGAGACAAUGUUUGAGACAACUUCCACCCACUCAAACUCGUUACUGUAAGGCCUAUAAGAAGCAAUGUAAAAAAGGAAAACGAGAAACCUGUACCACCACUACUUGUCCAUGCAGUAAGACUCCAAUUCGAAGAUGCAGAACUGUUUACUUUGAUGUUUGUUGUGAAAAUAAGUGCAGUGCUUGGGCCACUCGUACUGUCAAAGGAAAAUGUGCUGAAUAUGGAACUCGAAGAGUAUGCAAACCAUCCAACAAGCCCAAUUCUGUUUGUUCCAAAUAUCAAACAGUGAAUAUUUGUGUCCGACCAAAGACUGAAAAGAUUUGUACCAAGUGGCGAUCCAUUUCUGGUGGAACUUGCACCCAAACCAAGAAGAUUCCAGUGUGUUUGUCUUCGAAAUCGGUGAAAACUUGUACCAAAUAUGGACAAAAAGAAGUUUGUGAAUCUUGGGGUGUCACCAAGCCAAGAUGUGCUGAAUAUUCAUCCACUUCUGUUUGUGUGAAGAGAUCACCAGGCCAAAGAAUUUGUACCAAAUAUGUCGGUUAUGGUGGUCGACAAGUUUGUGUGGAAAAGGCAAAGGAGAAUAUUUGCGUUGAAAAUAAGACCAUUUGUACCUAUGAGUAA